GCAGAGGCAAUUUACAAAACUAGCUAAUGGUGUCUAUUUAAAAGAAUUUGUAGCAAUUUUGCAUGCACAAAACGUACAACAAAUUCAAGCGCAACAAUUUUAGCAAAUUGUUAGGGUUAUGAAUAUUGUUCAUCCUCAAAUCAGGCGUUGAGAAAAGCUUAACAAACUCAAGACUUGCCUCGGAGCAGUGAUGUCAUGUGAACUGGGCUGAGCGAACAGUAGCCUGUGUCUUCAUUGUUUUGCAUAGCGUGAGACAGAAAGAGAGCUCACAAGAGAGGAAGGGAGAUGAAAUAUCAGUCCAAAGUGGGUUUGUGGGGGUUUGAGGGCUAGUUUUUAUAUCUGAUAUACAUAUGGGCCACUAAAACUAAUUGUCUCCACUAUCAGAAAAUAAACAAUGAUUUAGAGCUGAUCAGUAUAAAAAUGAUAUCAUGCAUGUCUAUCAUGUGCUUCUAACUGGAUUUAGCCCUGUAUGUGUUAGUGUGUCAUGAUGUUUCUCUUCUGUCACUUUCCCUCCACCAUCACUGCUCUCUCUCUUACACUUAUUCUUCCCUCAUUCCUUCUGAGUCACAAUCCUGGAGAGAAAACUGCAGAGAGAAUAGUCCUGUGUUUCUCCACUCUUUCAGGACGUCUGCAGGAACUCGAUGUUCUCACAGUCACACCCUCCACCGCUUCUGAGUUACAUGCAUAUCAUAGAGUCUCUGGGUAUAAUGAUCUACAAGGCUUUGGAUUACGGCCUGAAGGAGCAUGAGGAGAGAGAACUCAGCCCUCCUCUGGAGCAGCUCAUCGACCUCAUGACCAACAUGGCAGACACAGAAACAGACUGUCCUGAUGAAGGAUAUGAGGCAACAGAAGAAGAGGAUGAGGGAGAGGAAGAACCUGCAGAAGUCUCCAACAUUCGUGGCUACCGUGACAUUAUUUCUCUCUGCACGUCUCACCUCCCCAGCCCAUCGGAUGCUCCCAACCACUACCAAGCCGUAUGUCGAGCCCUGUACGCAGAGACCAAGGAGCUACGCACCUUCUUGGAGAAGAUCAAGUGUGCCAAAGAGAAUUUACGAAAGAUGGAAGGAGAAACAGAGCAGCCCGUCAAAGACCUGAAUGAGCUGCAAAAUGCUGACUGGGCACGGUUUUGGGUGCAGGUGAUGAGGGACCUGAGACAUGGUGUGAAGCUGAAGAAGGUCCAGGAGCGUCAAUAUAAUCCUCUACCCAUCGAGUUCCAGCUCACGCCUUAUGAGAUGCUCAUGGACGACAUCCGCUCCAAACGCUACAAACUUCGCAAGGUCAUGGUCAAUGGUAACAUUCCUCCGAGGUUAAAGAAGAGUGCCCACGAGAUCAUACUGGAGUUCAUUCGAUCCAGACCUCCACUGAAUCCUGUUUCUGCUCGUAAGCUAAAGCCUCACACUCCAACACCUCCAAGCCUUCAUGAACGUAUCCUGGAAGAGAUCAGGUCGGAGAGAAAGCUGAGGCCUGUCUCACCUGAUAUGAUCCGUAGGAGUCGACUCGGCGCAGGCAAAAGUAUGAGCACCCCACAGGACUUGUUCCGAAGCUCAGACAUCCCUGACGGACCCCGAAAGUUGGCCGUCAGCACACUGUCCCUGGCCAAUGGCACAUCGCCAGCUCGGAGCCCCGUUAACGGAGUAGCCGGAGGUCAGCCGCUGUCCCAGAGGAAGAGGUUACUCAAAGCACCUACGCUAGCCGAGCUUGACAGCUCAGACUCUGAUGAGGACCAAAACACUCAGAAAUCUGAUAGCAGCUCCAGCAUAUCGACCUCACUGGUUGAAGACACAUCUCCAGAGUCCAUCAUGGGCAAAAAGAUUCCCCCACAGUUCCUGCCUAUAUCUUCCACUCCUCAACCUGACAAACGUAUCGCUCCGCAGAGAAGGCACUCCAUAGAGAAAGAAGCUCCCACCAACGUACGGUCUUUCCUGCCUCCAUCUCGCCAGAACUCCAAAUCUCUGCUGUCUUCGGACAACAAGGCUCACGCAUUAGGCAGCGGUCGUAUGGAGGAGUUCUGCUACCCUGUCGAGUGCCUGACUUUGACCGUCGAGGAGGUGAUGCAUAUCAGACAGGUUCUCGUUAAAGCAGAGCUGGAGAAGUUUCAGCAGUAUAAAGAGGUUUAUAAUGCGCUGAAGAAAGGAAAGCUUUGCUUCUCAUGUCGGACGAAGAAGUUCUCGUUCUUCACCUGGUCUUACACCUGCCAGUUCUGUAAGAGGCCUGUUUGUUCGCAGUGUUGUAAGAAGAUGAAGUUGCCCUCCAAGCCCCAUGCCAGCCUGCCCAUCUCUUCUCUGGGCCCCAGCAUCCUGCCCAAAAAAGAGUCUGGAGCGUCAGCCCCGGCAGAGAAGACCUCCACCACAUCCAGCCACAAGCGCCAUAGCCUUCAGCGUUCCAUGUCCAGAUCAUCAAAGCACGGUGAGCACUCGACCUCCAAAGACGAGCUGGAGCUUCCCGAGCAGUUCACAGAGGACUGGAGCACCAUGGAGGUCUGCGUGGACUGCAAGAAGUUCAUCAAUGACAUCAUCAGCAACAGCAGGCGCAACCUGACCACCAAACGUGCCCGUCUGCACCGCAGGACCCAUUCCGUCUACAUGUCCAACACCAGUUCUUCCAACUUCAAACCGUCUGAACGGACUAUCAAAGAGGUUUAGGAUCUGUCACGGUGUGGUCCUUCCUAUCAAAACUUUCCUGUUUAUACUGUUCUCACCCGUUGUGAACGUGCCAGACAGAAAUAAGCUUGCUAUGUGAAAGGCGUUUUGUUACGUAUGACAGUACGACCACUUUUGUUAGCUUUGUAACGUACCUUCGAUACCUCUUCGUUUCCAUUUAAAAAGUGCCAGAGGCGAAGGAAUAAAGCCGUCCCUCUUCCAGCAUGAGCCCUUAAGCACCAGCCUUCUCAGGAAAUGGUUUGAUUCUGCGAUUAAAGCUUUGGAAUGUAGUUUAACACACUUUAAACUUAUUUUGACCAGCUUCUCAAAAACAGAUGAAUCAACACUGAAUGAAAUGAAAAUGACAGUGUGAAAAAGAAAACGCAAGGCUGCUUUGAUUACUGAAAGGAACAAGGCCUGAAUGUACAUUUUUCAGUAUAGUAAAGAAACAUGGAGUUUGUAAAUAGUAGCUGAAUGAUCAGCCUAAAUGUUAUAGAUGUAAAUAGGCAUCCAAACAGACUUAUUUUCCCCUUUUAGGAAGAACUAGUCGACCAAGAGACUGUAGAUGAACUCAGCCUCCACAACAAUUCAAGAUCAAGUCUUACCAAAUGUUUUUCUUAUUGUUCGUUAAAAUUGCUGCUGUAAUAGUGACAUGGUCCAAAUGAAUGGCGUUUUAGAUAAUAAUUACAGAGAGUACUUACAGAUAUAUAUUUUUCCUCUGUCUGAUGGCAGUGUUUUUGAGCUUUUAGUCAAAGACGGGGGUAAAGAUGUGUUUUUUAGAGCGGAUGCUAAAAGCUGUAGUGUUUCUUAAAGGAGUGAUCGGCUGUGCCAAACAAAUCUCCACAAUCUGAGCAAUACGUGUCUUGGACCUGAUGUACAUAGUCAAUAACAUUUACCGGAGAUGGUGACAGCCCGAAAGGGGGAAAACCAAUACUUUCUUUUAAAUAGGAAGUCACUUUUGUAGGAUAUGUUGUUUAUGUACAUGCUGUAUAUCCGAAUCUCAUCCGAUCCACUGAUCUAUUAAAAUAGGCUCUAUUGCUAUAAAGUUAUGAUUUAUAUUAUUAAUAAUGAUUUUUAUUUUUAAGUGUCAAGUUUUGCUUUCUUUUCAUGUUCAUUUUGAACCUUUGGACAUCUAAAAAUAUUUUGUAAUUUUUCAGCUCCACAUUUAUUUUGAUGUCUUAAAAACUUUGUACAUUUAAGUUAUGUUAUAUUAUAUUAUUAAUGACCCAUUUUGUGCAAUGAAAGACCCCAGGAGUCUUUAACAUCUCGUAAUAUGAAGGUACUUAAGUCAUGUCAGGGUUUUUGGAAAGAUUUUUUUCUGUUUUUCCUUAAUUAAAAAACACACGCACAUUUAUAAAUAUACAUGCACUGCAAUGGUAUACAGGCCUGUAGACUUGUUCUUCUGUUUUGUGCAAAACUGACUGUAUUGCCUUCCUCUAAACUAAAGAAUGAUUGGUGUGCAUGAUGAAAUCUAUGAUUUUUUUUAAAAUAAGAACAGAAUUGCCAAUAAAUAAAGCAUUUGAAAUUUGAA